UCGCGCGGCCUCUCGCGUUUAGUACAGCGCUCAGCAGGAGUGUCGGACGCUCGACUUUGCAGUCGGCAACUUUAGUAUUCUUCGUUUAUUUUCUUUUCUAUUCAUUUAAUUUGUCUGUCGAACUUCACGGCGCAAUAAACAUGAAAUGUGUCGUCGUUUGUGAGUGAGUACCGAGUCUUGUGUUCGCUGAAAUUUUGUUUAGACAGUGUCACGUUCACGUGUGGAAUCGAAUUAUUACCGGUUCCGGAGUUUUAAAGUAUUUAUUAUACGCAUACGGCCUUCAUUUGCUACAAGUAGAGCCGGCAAAUAGUUUCUGCAGUGUCCGUGCAGUGAGUGAUAAUCAAAAAAAUAUCGUGGGAACUUCUUCACCUAGUGCAUAUCGGUGGUGCGACGUUUCGCGCGCUCGGAAAAAGUUCGCACAAAUAUUUCCUAUAAAAUUCUUCUCGGAAACAAGUGCGCGGUGCGAGUGCCGGUAAAGUGAAGUCGGCAGGAAGUGUUUACAACUUAAAACAUAACCUUCUUUCAAAAGGGGCGCGUGUUGCACGGGCAUGCGCAGUUCGGUCAUCACAAUUAUUAAUAAGUGGCUCAUAAUUUUAUAAACAAACUGUGACAGUGAUUUUACUAAGGUGCUAGUGCAUCGCUAAAAAGAAGUGCACGAGCGUUCACGAAGGGUCUGCGGCGACGGCUACCGGACACUUUUUAAAUUUCAAAUUGAGGAUAACGUUCACCUGUGGGAUUUCGGUGUUUUACCUGCGCGCGCACAGGACUUUAUACGAAGGUAAAGCAGCUUUCCUUCGCGCACACCGUCAGGACCUUCCAUUUAGAAAUCUGUAAACGAUAUUAUUAUAUUGGUUGGCGCAACUAUGAUGUCCUGUCCCUUAUUGUCGCUGGUGCCGGCGCUGCACUCGCAACCAGCUUUAGCAUCUGACUUUCCAAUUCACAUUGGAAUAAAGGACCUGCUUUAACCCGAACUGCGCACGAAGACAAUAAAAGACACUCAAAUAAAUACAAGUAGUGUAAAUAAAAUUAAAGUGCCUAAAGUAUCGCUUGGUGUUACUCGGGCCUGAAGUCUUCCUGCCUAGCGGCUGACCGUCGCAUUACGUGAAAUGGUCAAGGUGAGUGAAUCUUCACUACUUGAGUGCAGCAACGGGCGCUACACAGCGUCCGACACGAGAGGCUCCGACGAGCUUCUGUCGCAGAGUGGCGUCACCGUCAUGGCGCCCGCCGCUCCGCACCACGCUGAUAACAACAACCAGGACUCUGCUGCGAAAAAGGUGAAACUGGAACAGAAUGUGGGCAAACCGUCGAGGGUCAUCCACAUACGGAACAUCCCCAAUGAGACGACAGAGGCUGAGAUCAUACAGCUCGGCCUGCCGUUCGGCAGAGUCACCAAUGUGCUCGUGCUCAAGGGCAAAAAUCAGGCCUUCCUCGAAAUGGCGGAGGAGAUUUCAGCGGUGGCCAUGGUCGCGUACUUCGGAGGCUGUGUGGCGCAGCUCCGGGGGCGCGCUGUCUACGUACAGUUCUCAAAUCACAAAGAACUCAAAACCGACCAGACACAUAGCAACGCUUCGGCGUCAGCACAGGCAGCGUUGCAGGCCGCGCAGGCCAUCUCAAACACAGCGGGCGCUGCGCUAGUAGCGGGCGCGGGUGCCGCAUUGCAGCCCGCUAAUGGUGGCACAGAAAUACAGGGUGGUCCAAACACAGUCCUGCGUGUGAUCAUAGAACACAUGUUAUAUCCAAUAGUGCUCGACGUGCUCUACUCGAUCUUCCAGCGGUACGGCAAGGUGCUCAAGAUCGUCACUUUCACUAAAAACAAUUCAUUCCAAGCUCUUAUUCAAUAUCCAGACACCGUAUCGGCGCAAACGGCAAAGACGGCUUUGGACGGUCAGAACAUAUACAACGGGUGCUGCACACUCCGCAUCGAUUACUCUAAAAUGACCUGCUUGAACGUGAAAUACAAUAAUGACAAGUCGCGGGACUACACGAACCCAACGCUGCCGUCCGGCGACGGCGACGCGCACCAGCUGUUGACCAGUGAGUUGAUGCCACUGCGGGCUCGCCUCGCCCUGGCCCUCGCAUCCAGGAUGAGUGCAGGUGGUGUCCUGGCGCCUCAGUUCCUGGGUCUGGGUUCGGGACUCGCUUCGCCCUACGGCGUGGGAGUAGGCGGAGUCGGCUUGCCUGCGUUCGGAGCUCUCACCCUGACACCGGCCUCGCCAGCCCUGCGCGCCCUGGCAGCUCCACCUCUGCCCCUGGCGACAGUCUUGCUUGUCUCCAACCUAAACGAAGAGAUGGUCACGCCUGACGCUCUCUUUACCCUUUUCGGCGUGUAUGGUGACGUGCAGCGGGUGAAGAUCCUCUACAACAAAAAAGAUUCUGCUCUCAUUCAAAUGGCGGAGCCGCACCAAGCCCAUCUAGCGAUGACGCACAUGGACAAGCUGCGCGUGUUCGGCAAGGCGAUGCGCGUAAUGCUCAGCAAGCACCAGACUGUGCAGCUGCCCAAGGAGGGACAACCAGACGCUGGACUCACCAGGGAUUACUCCCAGAGCCCGCUGCACAGAUUCAAGAAGCCCGGCAGCAAAAACUAUCAGAACAUAUACCCGCCGAGCGCCACCUUACAUCUGUCCAACAUUCCAGCGACCGUCUCCGAGGAGGAUAUCAAAGAGGCGUUCACUAAGCGAGGAUUCACCAUCAAGGCGUUUAAAUUCUUUCCGAAGGACCGAAAAAUGGCGUUGGUGCAGUUGCCGUCGAUCGACGACGCCGUAGCAGCGCUCAUCAAGAUGCACAACUACCAGCUGUCCGAGUCCAACCACCUGCGAGUGUCCUUCUCCAAGUCGAGCAUCUAAGCGGACUUCCCACCAAGCACGGAAUGUCACACAACGCAUUGUCAGUCGCGUCACACUCAGAUUGUACAACGGAUCUGCAACAGUACAACCGCUGUACAAUAGCUGCAUAACCUCUAUUGCAUGUUCAGAACUGUACAACUAUUGUGCACCGCUGUAUGUUCACUGUUAAACGGUUGCAUAUCUGUUCUGAACCGCUGUACAUAUCGCCACGAGUGCAACGCUGUACUGUACUGUACAACCACCGCCGCAUCCGCACCACUUGACUUCCACUGGACGAUUCGUAAGGCGUGUUCCGAUGCGACUGUCAAUUACAUACCUCUCACACGAAUCGAGAAUAUCGCUCGACUGAAAUUUUAAUAUAUCUGUAUUACGCUUACUCGGAUCAGUGUAGAGAUUAAGUGCUACUCUAUUUUCUUAAUAAAUACGUACGUUUACUGUUACUGUACAUCGUAAUGAUAAAGCUGGAGCGUCGGGGACACUGAUUUCUAUUUUUGUGUGAUCAUUCCAUGAAUUAUUUUUACGAAGUACCUAACGAUCGCGCUUUGGACAUUAUCGGCUUGCAUUGCAAUUAGAUUGCGCUAGAUCGGUCCGUACCGGGAUAUAUCCCGCCCUAUUAUAUUUAUCACGUAUAAGCACACCGCGAGGGGUCAGCCUCGCUCAUAUAAUUUGCAGUUAUUAUUCUUAAAUUGUAUUUUAUAAAUAUAUUUUAUUCUGUAUUUUAAAUAUUAUGCACAAUUUACUAUAAUUGCAUUUCUUUGUAAGUGAAUAGUUUGUGCGCAUACACAUUUUGUUCUUAUUUAAAUGGAUGGAAUGUUACGUUUAGAAAUGUGUAUGUGUGUGCAAUAUUAGUUGUAGAGGUAAUUUUAAUAUAUUUUAGGUGUGUCGUUGGUGAUGCUUCCAUACUUGUUUCGUUGUUGUUGGGUGUCGGUGUCGUGCCGGUGUCGUGUCGGUGUCGUGCCGUUGCCGGGCCGGUGUCGGGCCGGUGUCGGGUUGGUGUCGGCGCGGCGUAGAUGCGUCGUCGGGUCGCGGGCGGGCCUCGGGGUCCGCGCGUCUGUUCUCGUUUCCACAGCCGAUCACUAUUAGUUAGUGUAAUCACGACUCUUAUCGCUAGGCAUCUAAUUGUAUAUCACUAUUUAAACGUUAUGUUCAGUGACAUAAGUGACAUGAUGCAUUUAUUUCGAUGUUAAUUUAUAUUAAUGGUAGCUACAAUAUAUAAAUGCGUUGGUUCACUAACGGUUAAUUAUAGAUAAUUUAUUGGUCUCUUGUGGCGCUGGUGCUGCAGUGUGGCCAGUACCGCGGCGACGUAUUUUUUAGAAUAAUUUUCAUUACGAAUAGAACGCAUGGUGUUGCCACACUGUCGCGUCGUUGGCGACGCCCGCCCAAGUAUUAGAGAGAUCUGAUUUCGCUCUACACACAUUUAACCAGCAGUAUUUCCACUAGGUCACAAUAACUUCAUUGAACAGUAUUUUAGUUAAAUAAUUCUUCCCUCGGUAUUUCAUUUUGUACAUAGAUUACACUCUAACUCCGACGACUUGAGCUGUACUUUCGGACUUGAUUCUAACGGUACUCACACAUCUUUGCCUUCUUUAAUUAAUAAAAAAAAUGCGUCUAGUCCAAAGCAAAAGAGAUUAAGUUUGUGGGUAAGUGAUAUUAAACGUUAUGAAAAAUGAAUUCGUCUCAAAUGGAUAUUUAGCUCUGGUAACAAAAGCUUUGUGAGUUUAUGAGAUUCGGUCGCGUAGUCACUUAAACCCGAAGUACGCUCUGUAGGACCAGUGUCGAGUGUUCAGUUACACGUCCAGUAAUGUGAUUAGGCAAAGCACGCGUGAAACAGAUACCUGAAGUUAUAAGGAGUAAGAAACGUGCCGUUCGCAAACACUAGAAUUGAUUUUUAUUUUAAUAAAUUAUGUCACAAAACAUAUCUCGACAUGCCACUGUCGGUGUUCAAAGGAAAGGGAUACGGUGUGAUAUACCUACAGAUAGUUUACUGAGCUAAGGAAAUUGAAUGCUGAACAUAAAGUGGCACAAGUAACGGGCUGUAUGAGAUAUAAUUAUCGCCACAUCAGUUUGAAAUUUAUCAAUUACGUUAAUUUACACAUAUCCCAUAGGAAAAUGUCGCUAACUAAUGACAAAAAAUAUUUUUAUUUUAGAAUGCAUUUGUGAAAUCGUUAUAAAAAUCACAUAUUUACACUAUUAUAAAAUGUAUGAUAUACAUCAAGUAUCCGUAAAUAAAUAAUAAAAAUAGAGCUUAGUAAGAUGAAUAAUUAAAAAAAAAAUUAGUAUGUCACUACGGUGUAAGAGUUGAUAGAAGAAAAAUUAAUCAUACAAAUUGUAUUAAUCAGUACCUACGUAUGAUAAGAAUAUAAUGUGUAGUUAUUCGACAUAGAUAAUGUUAGGAGACCAGGGUGUGGUGAUAUUUUGCACGUUUUUGAAUAUGUUUUAAUAUAAGAUGCAGGAUUCUGUGCCUGUUAUGGAACGUGAAGUGUAUGCGAUUGGUGGACUGGUGGCGGUCUCGACGUGAGAACUGUUCAACUGCGGUAAACGCGUUUGUAAUUAAAUUAAUAUAACCUAUUUAAUGUAUAACAAAUCAUAAAAGAUGAGAUUACAUAUCCACUGUACGCACUGUACACUAUUCGGUAGAACGCUACACACACGACGCGCCACGCGCCAAGCGACGCGCCUACGCGACGACGCGACGACGCGACGACGCGACUCGACGCGCGCGCUCCCUUCCCUAUCGUGUGGCGCUUCUAUCACUUCCGCUCAACUUGUCGGUAUGUGUGUAGCGUUUUCAGGCCUAAAAUUUUCUCAUUAACAUUGAUAUCGAUUAAAUAGAUAAUAUAGGAAUUUAUGUGUUUAGAAAAGUAUUUUAAAUAUUUAGAUAAUAAUUGUAUUAUUAAAAAAUAAUAAUAAAUAGAUCAGUGUUUAGGAAGAGUUGCCAAAUUUAAAGUCAAUACAUAAUUAUUUUAGGUAAAAGGUAAUUGAAGUAAUCUUAACAUUUAUUGAAAAGUUGAUGAAAAUGUUACAGUUAUAUUAUAUUUGAGAGUUUUAUUGAGCGCAAUAUACGCAAUUUUAUUCAUUGUAAGUGAACAUUGUUUCAAUUUGUUAGUUAAAGUUAUGCGUUAUGCGUUGAUAUGAAAGUUGUUUUCGAAUGUCUAUUUGUGUGAACUGUGACUGAACCACAUUCUCCAUCGUCCCACUACCUGCUAAGUACCUACUAAUAGUUUCGGGACGCGUGCGCGUGCGCAUGAGCCGUGCGCGUGCGCGCAUUUCUUUGUGUGCUCCUUCUCGUCUCACGUUCGACACAUAUCUGUGCAUAUCAUUUCCGAAUGUGCUUAUAAUUUUAUUGCGCUUUGUAACAUUUAUCUCUAUUACAUUAGCUGUACUUUAUAUUUAGUAUUUCGUAAUGAUAUGAAUAACAGGCAACAUAUCAAUAAAUAGAAACUUGGCUAAGGCGCCUAUUAUAUCGUAAUCUUCAAGCACUCGGAUUUCACCCGAUGUUAUCUGCCUUCCUUUUUAUCUUUGCAUUGACGACAAAUUUUCCAUUGUUACGAUGCGAAUUGUCGUCAACUGUUUCUUAUUUUUUAAUGUUAAGCUUUUUGUGUAGUUAAUUUCAUUCUUAUUUUUAAUUUCGUAAUUAAACUAUAAUUAUCAUUGAUACUUUUUGUUCUUUAUUUUUCUCCUUACCCUUUCUACCUCGUUCCUUUAUGAUUUCUUACAUAUUUCAUACCAAUUGUAUACAGUACGACAGCGGUGAGUUGUCCGCGAAUAGUUUGUGUUCAUCCGUCACUCUAAUUUAUUUACGUUCACACCCCAAUUAUGUUUCAUAAGUAUGAUCGUGAUUUCAUCAAUUUGUUUUCAAAACAUCUGAUAAUUGAAAAAAGAAAGAUAAUUGUAAAUAACAUAUAAACGUUAAAGGGGAUCAAUAUAAUGAAACUAUGAUGUACAUUAGUACACAAUUGGUAUUCUAGAAUUAUUCGUACUUUAGAUCUAACUUCUAUCCUGACAUAAUUAUCUAUACUCGACCAUAUUUUAAAAUAUAUCUACGACGCUUCAAAUCUUGUGAAUAAUUAGAGUCGACUUGACUCGUGAACAUAUUUUAGGCGAAUACCUACAUUGUUUAGUUGAAUUGUGAACGGAGUAAGGGACUUAAUAUUGCCAAUGAUAAUUACGUUUUAUAUAAUAUUAUCAAAUGGGAUAUAUUAUGCACAGGGUAUAAUGUGAAUUAAAUGUGUGUCGCCAUCGCGGCGGUUGUUUUAUGUCCGUGCCAGUCCCUUAUUCCUGCUGCGGGAAAAGAACUGAACCAUUCCGUAUUGAAACGUUGAAUUAGCGAAAAUUAUGUACAACUGCCAAUUAAUAGGACGGUAUUAUAUAAUAUGUUAAUGUAUAGAGAAGUAUUUUAAACAACCAUCUGUCCAAGUACUGUUGGAUUGCCAAGUUGAAUGUUCGGCGAGACACCUAUAAAAUGGCAGUUAUACUCGUGUUAAAUAAUCUGCGGAUGUAAAUAUUAUACACGACUAUGUUAAUAAUUACAAAUUAAAUUUAUAAUAUCUAUAGUAAAUUAACAUAAUCAUUACUAUAAGAUUUACUAGUUAAAAUCAUCCUAUCUUAAUUUCAGUAGUCGCUCUAGUUAAUACCUACUAAUCGGAAAUAUCUUCUUAGACUAUUAGAACUCCCUACGUUUCUAUAUAUUUUAAUAUUGUUUUAGUUGUUUCAUUAAAAAUUACUAAAUAAUGGUGUGCAAAUUAAAGGGUUGUGUGUAAAGUUAAAAUAGAUAAAUAGAUGUAAAAGAUCGUUCGAGUAACGAAAAAUAUAUCUUAUUUUCUUCAACGUGCACAUCUGUUUUGUUCGCUGUUCAAGUAGUGGUUUAUUGAAACAAUUCCAAAAUUUCAUUACUAAUUUCAUUAGUCUUUAAUUCAAUAUGCCAAAGACCACAUUGGGACAAAAUGCAGGGAUCUAAUAAUAUUUUUCCUUUCAACUCGUCUAAAGUUCUCUAACUAGAACAACAAAUAAAUAUACUAUGGAUAAACAGAAUAGCAAGCUUUAAAUUAUCAACUUUCAAAA